AUGGCAGGACCGCGCUCCAUCUCUCGGUCAACGAAGGUGGUUGCCACAAGCGGAGCUGGCAAGCACGCCAAGGGGAAAAAUAAGCACAAAAACAGGGGGAAAAAAAAGGUGCCGCCGCUCACGAGCUGGGACCAUGACAACUCCUCCGCGCCGGAGUCGGAUGACGAGGAGCCCGCUCCCGCCGGUGCUGGCAAGAAGCGCCCACGAGAAGGGGUAGUUGGUAGAGAUGGGGCACAGGCGCAAGCACCGGAUGAUCAGCGUGCUAGUGUCCGAAAAACCUCUGGGGGUGCGUCGAAGAGACAACGAGCUGCUGGCCAUGAAGCAAGCGGUGGUGGAGACGAAGACAGGUCUAGCAGUGGCAGCAGCAGCGACGAUGGGGAGGACGGCGGGGCAGACGAGGGGGGCGGGGGAAGGAAGGGAAAUAGUACGCCUGCUGGGACCACGGGUGGUAUGGGGGACGUCAUGGCCAGGAUUCUGGGGCAGAAACUCGACACUCGGGUGCAGGCGCCUGUCCUAGCCAAGCGCAAGACGAAGACCAUGAAAGAGAUGGAAAACGCUUCGGUGAAGCGAGCGGAAACCAGAGGGAAGUCGGCCGCCAGACGAGCAAACAUGACGCAGCAGUUCGUCAUCCCCGACCACACCACGACAGACUACGAGCGACAGCUCAAGAAGAUCGCCACGCGGGGGGUGGUGGCGCUUUUCAACGCCAUCAGCAAGCGCCAGAACCAAGGGGGCGCCUCCGCUGGUGGCGCCGGCGGCGGCAGCAGCGGUAACAGCGUGGCAGCAGCGGCUAAAGCGACAGUGGUAAAGGGUGCCUCGCGGCACGCCUUCUUGGACAUGUUGAAAACCGGCGUCAAGCCCACCGGGGGCGCUGCUGAAGCAGGCGCUGGUGCGGGUGUUGGGUCUGGUGGAAAGAGAGGAGGUGGUAGCGCGGGAGGAGGAGGCGGAGCUGUUGGUGAAAGAGACGAGGAUGGAGGUCGUUCGUGGUCCGUGCUAAAGGAGGACUAUAUGAUGGGUGCGAGCACGAUGAAGAACUGGGACCAGGACAGCGCGGACUCUGAAAUAGACGCUAUUGGGGGACCCAGCAACCAUAUGUCAGAUGAGGACAGCGACUGAUUCAACUUUGUGGCGUGGUGGUAUCGUCCAUGGGGAUGUCAACGCGAUCCUUUCCCUCUUUUGUAGUGCAACGUCGGGUACAGUUGCUCUGUUUUGCUCCCGCGGUGUACGGUGAUUCUCCCACCAUGUGCUGCGCACGCACGUGGUAAUGCACUGGUGGUGUUGUUUUCGCAGCGCGGCCUUGCGUCGUGUCGGAGCCGACGUACGGCGUGGCAACAAACU